GUGAAUAAUGAUUAAUUGUUUACAUGGAAAGAAGCUAUUAAAAUACAUUGUUCUUAUUCAGAAUACUUUAAAAGAUAAAGAAAAAGAUAGAAAAGUAUUAUAAUUGAGCGAAGUUUGUGCCAUUAAUACGUUAAAUAUAAAAAAAAACACUAUGCAAGAAUCAAGACCUGAGUUGUACGAAGAAAUCAAGUUAUAUAGAAAUGCCAGGGAGCGUGAAAAGCACGACAAUAUGGCAGAACUGUACGCGGUAGUAAGCACACUACAGCAUUUGGAGAAGGCAUACAUGCGUGACUGUGUGAGAGCACAGGAGUACACGGCAGCAUGCAGUAGGUUACUGGUGCAGUACCGAGUUGCGUUUAAACAGGUGCAGGGUGAUGAGUUUCCUACGAUCGAGAGCUUUGUCAGCAAGUUUAGAUUGGACUGUCCAGCAGCCUUAGAGAGAAUCAGAGAGAACAAACCCAACUUGAUUAAGGAUGACAAAGGCAACACUAAUAAAUAUAUUGCUGAAAUUGUAUCUUUGUUCAUAACUCUAAUGGACAAGCUACGUCUAGAGCUCCGAGCCAUGGAUAUGAUUCAACCUGAACUCAGAGAGCUAAGGGACACCAUGGACUGCCUUGCUAUGCUGCCGGAGGAUUUUGAAGGGAAAGUUAAGGUGCAAGAAUGGUUGGACAAAUUGUCAGAAAUGUCAGCGUCUGAUGAACUGUCGGAAGCGCAGGCUCGUCAGCUGAUAUUCGACUUGGAGACAUCGUACGGAGCAUUCAAUAAAGUGCUACAUUGAUUACAUUUGGAUAAAACAACGAGUUACGAAUUUAAUGGAGUUGUUUAUCCAAUUUAUAUGAAUAAUUUAAUGUUAUAUCCGUGAUUUGUAUCUAGAUUAAGUUAUUACAUAAUAUAUUCCUAUAUGUAAAAAAAUUGUAUUUUAUUU